GGGAGCUGCACCACACAGAGGCAGGUCUAGCAUCAAGGAUGCUUUAUUAAUCAGCUUGGGGAGAGGCCUUGCCUAGCAGAGGGUGCUGCACCGCACUGGGGCACGUCAAGCACCAAGGAUGUUUUUAGGUAUAAAACAAAUCUGCCUGGGGAGGGGCCUUCUGAUCAAUUGGGACAACCCCGUGGCGCAGUCCAUCAAAGCAACCACGACGGCCUACGCGGAGCAGGUGAAGCAGGCCGGGCGCGACCACAAGCUCGGCGCACCAUUUCUUCAUGCUUGGGGAGCUCUUCUUCGGGGACUCGGGCAAUGCGCUCAGGUGGAGGGCGCAGUGAAGACCACGCUGGAAGCUUACUGGAACGCCGUCAUCAGCAAGGCCCAGAACUUGGAGCUUCUGGCGGACACGGUGAAGCACUGCCGGCUGAGCAAGACGCACAACGCGAAGGUCGCCAAACUCCAGUUCGCGGUCGCAGUAUGGCAGCCGGACGGCGGCGGGAUGGCCCUCGAGGAGGCGGUGAUGAAGGCGAUGAUGACGAUCGGAGGCCAUCGUCGCAAUGGCGCCCCGCCCAAGUCAGCCUUGGCCCGCGACGCCCAGAGGAUCUUAGAUCUGUUGAAAGAGGAGCACUGAGCAGACGUAAGCGGAGGAAGCAUGCAUGGUAGCCGCCGCUGCUGACGAUGAGGGCGACGUAGCUCCGCCCUGACUCUCUUCUCUUGCUCCUCCCCCCCGUCUCCUGCGCCUGGGGAUGAGCAGGCGGAUUCUGUCGUAACGGCAGCCGCCUUGUCGUAACGCCCUUCGUCGUCAGUCUAGUUAAAUGCAGCGCUCGGUGUGGUAGGAAGUGAGUACAUGAGAUCGUGAGGGAGCCCGCCUGAUUGCUAGGUGCCUCAGUGUCGGGCAGGCGCGCCGGAGCACACUGUGGCUCUAUCGCGUCGCGUGCCGUGACCAGUUGCGGAAUCACCGCCUGCUGGCCUUGGCACAACGAUCAUGGGGGUACUAUGAUACUUCCGUGCACCGAGGUCC